CAAGAAUCUGUAUUCUCUACAACUGUGUUCUUACAAUUUCGCUCAAACAACAUUUUCCUUGAGGCCUGAUAAGAUAAUAAGAUAAGUAAAACUCGAAUCCAGAAGAUAAUUAGAUGACAACAGAUAAGUAGAUAUUUCAGAAAAUAAAUGGUAACCAUUCUGGGAUUUAGUAACAUGAGCUGGCUCAUUGUGUUCUGCUCCACAUUACAUAUCACUUUGCCAAAGGAGAAAGGUAUGAAUGGAACAUCUGUUGAGAACUUUGACUGUAUUCUUCGCUCAUAUACAUUUAAGAAUCCUACCAUGAAUUGUACUUGGAAUGCGGGCAAAAAUGCUCCUCCAGCCCAGUAUUUUAUGUACUUAGCAUAUAACAAGGCUACAGAUAACGAGUGUCCACAUUACAUAAGUAACUCAUCCGAAAGACACAUUGGUUGCUACUUCCCUGAAGUGAUAGCAAAUCAAUAUUCCGUGUAUAUUACAGUAAAUGGAUCAAGCAGAGUAUCUCCAAUUCAGUAUGUUGAUACUUUUCGACUUCAUGACAAAGAACAGUUUCGACCUCAAAAUAUUACUGUGGAUUAUAGCUUACCCUUUUAUAGAGUCCAGUGGGAACCUCCUCCAAACUCUCGUAAACAUGGAAGUGUAUGCUUUGUGUUCCAAAUAAAGGAUGAACGCAAGAAUACAAUCAUCAAUGUAACAGGAAAAACAUAUGAUUUCCCAAAGCCUUCAAAAUAUAUCUUGAGAAUUCGCGCAUUUGGAGACAUUACAUGUCCAAUUUCAAAAAAAAUGAAUGGAGAAUGGAGUGAACCUAUUGAGUUUGGUACUGAUCCUGAUACAUUCCCUACACUGCCUUUUGUCUUUGCUGCACUUGGAACCAUAAUAAUAAUUGUGCUUUUGACUUUGAUUUGUAAAAGGAACCACAUAUGGGAAAAACUUACUGAUCCAGUUCCUCAACCAAAAGAUAUAAUGUGGCAACAUGAGAAGAAUUGUGAGAAGUGGAUGACCCCAGUACCAAUAGCAGGUGAAUCAAUAACAGUGAUUGAAGAAAUGGCUGCCAUCUCCCCAAAAGUAUGAGGCAUUGUCUGCUACAAAAAACCCUACUCCAAUAAAAUAGUAAAAGAAAAUCUGUGUGUAUGUGUAUGGCUUAUCCGUUUCUUUCAAAACAGGAAUGCAUUUGUAUAAAUUUAGACAGUGGGAUUUAAGAAUAACAAUCUGCUACUAGAGGCUGUCAAGCAAGAACUAAAGCAAUUAAUUUUUCCAAGGUGUCACAUGAGAAACUGGGACUGUUGUGGAGGAUGGAACUAUGUGAAGGUACAUAAUAUGCAGACACAUACAUACAUUGAAUUAAAAGUCAAAAUAAAAGACAAGGGCAGCCAAAGGGCCAUAAAAUGCCCAGGUCUGGCUAGAUUCAUCUGUGCAAAAGGAAUCAACUUGCCUUAAAAAAAUCUCUGUGGAUGCUUGAAUGUGGGAUAAUUUGCACAAGCAAAUUCUGUUAGUACUU